CGACACUGUCUUCCACUUAUCCGAAACAGGAUCACAGCAACGUUCAAUUGUCUUCUGACCAAAUCAGUAGAGCUGAAAACCAGAACAAAAAAAUGGAGCAAGGGCUUCUUCUAUGGAGUCCUCGCCAUCCCUCAAUUCCCUUCAUUUCCCUCCCAGUCUCUAGACCCAAACACGCCUUUUCACCAAUCAAAGCAACUCUUCAUUCAACUGACACCCAGCAACAAGAGUUAACAGCAAGAGAGAGAAGGCAAUUGAGGCAAGAGAGAAGAGAAAGCAAAGCUGGAUACAAUUGGAGAGAAGAAGUGGAAGAGAGACUUAUCAAGAAGCCCAAAAAGAAGCCAACUUCUCGGUCUGUGGACCUCAAUCUUGAUACUCUGGCCGAUUUGGGUCCUCAAUGGUAUGUGGUUCGCGUCUCUCGUGUUAGGAGUGACGAGACCGCCGUGCUUAUUGCUCGUCUACUGGCUAGAAAUUAUCCUGACUUGGAAUAUAAGGUCUAUGCUCCAUCCAUCAAGGUUAAAACAAAAUUGAAAAAUGGUACCUACUCAGUUAAACCAAAGCCAGUUUUUCCAGGAUGUGUAUUUCUAUGGUGUGUAUUAAACAAAGAGAUACAUGACUUCAUAAGAGAGUGUAAUGGAGUUGGUGGAUUUGUUGGUUCAAAAGUUGGAAAUACGAAAAGACAAAUCAACAGGCCAAGACCAGUGUCUGUUGAGGAUAUGGAAGAAAUCUUCCGGCAGGCAAAAGAGGAACAAGAAAAAUAUGAUGAAGCUUUUCAAGAAGAACAGCAAGAAGAGGGAGCUCUUAACUCAGAGAAGCUGGUUGGAAAUGAAAAUAUGAAAUUGGAUACAGAUUCCAAUCCCACAAGGGGAUCCAGAAAAAUUUCUGAUCCUCCUGUCAACGGUUCACCUAGGAAAAAGAAAAGCAAACUCUUGAAAGCUGGUUCGACUGUUCGUGUCAAAUCUGGGACUUUUGCUGAAUUUGCAGGCAUCCUUAAGAAACUAAACCGCAAGACUGGAGAGGCAACUGUGGGAUUUACACUCUUCGGCAAAGAGACUUUAGUAGAUCUAGAUCUCCAUGAAAUUGUAGAAGAGACAGAAUAAUGUAAAUAUUUCUGUGGGAUCUUGAUCUCUUGUUGAAUGAUGGAAGGCAAUUGACAAGUUUCCUAGCCAAUGCCGGUGUCAUUUUCACCAAUAGACAAGAACUGUCAAAAACUCAAGAAUGCUAUGGUAUCCAGUUUGCUAGAACAGGAUUAAGUUCCAUAUUUUAUAAAAAGGCUGACAGCAGUUCCAAAAAUAAACAGAUGUCCUGUCUCAAGACACUGGUUCAUAAAGUUGUGCUAUCUUUGUCAAGGUUUUAACCGAAAAAAUUAGAAUCCAUCACAAACGCCAAUUCACGGAUAUGGUUAAAACAGAGAGACAUUGAAGCAUGUAAGUUCACUUUAUUUAUUGCAUCUUGUAUUUGAAAUCCACUUUUCAUAACCAGUUAAGACCUAAAUUUUGUUGCAAAACUUUUAUAUCCGUUAUGAAUGUUUUGGUUUUCCAUUCUAUUAAGUAAGCAAUAACAUUAACAAAACUGUAGUAUUUUUUGAGCAAAUGAAACCAAGCUCUGAAGAAAACUUCCUUCGUUCUUUCUGUAGUA